AUGGGUAUCAAAGCUGUUACCUUCUUGCUUGUCUCCCUCCUUUCGUCUGUCUAUGGCACGACUCAUCACUUCCCUCUCAGUAUUGACAACAAAGUCAUUGCUCCCGACGGGUUUGCUCGAUCGGCUAUAACGCCAAAUGGAACCUUCCCGGGGCCAACUUUCAAAAUAAACAAGGGCGACGACGUCCAUAUUGUGACUACAAAUAACCUUACCGAUCCUGGGAUGCGAAGAAGUCUCUCAAUUCAUUGGCAUGGCUUCUUCCAAGCUCGUACGUCAGUAAUGGACGGGCCCUCGUUUGUUAAUCAAUGCCCGAUUCCGCCAAAAUCGACCUUCGACUACGCUUUUAGCACCAUCGGACAAAGCGGCAAUUACUGGUACCAUUCCCAUCUUUCGACACAAUAUUGUGAUGGUUUGAGAGGGGCAUUUAUCGUUUACGACCCGCAUGAUCCUCUUGCCCAUCUGUAUGACGUGGAUGAUGACAGCACUAUCAUCACACUUGCGGAUUGGUAUCACGACCUUGCACCGGACGCCCAGAAUAGGUUCUUCCAAACUGGGACUGUCCCGAUUCCUGACUCCGGUCUUAUUAAUGGAGUCGGGCGCUACAACGGUGGUCCCUUAGUACCGUACUCCGUAAUAAAGGUCAAAAGAGGCAAACGAUACCGUCUGCGUCUCAUAUCAAUCUCCUGCCGCCCUUUCUUCACUUUCUCAAUCGACAACCACAACAUCAGUGCGAUGGAGUUUGACGGGGUUGAACACGACCCGGUCACAGUGCAGAACAUUGAUAUCUAUGCCGCACAGCGCGUCUCGGUCAUCCUCGAAGCGAACCAGCCGAUUGAUAAUUACUGGAUUCGGGCACCUCCAACUGGUGGAAGCCCGGCCGGAAACCCGAACUUCAAUCCUGAUUUGACGCGCGCAAUUUUGCGAUAUGAGGGUGCGCCCAACAUAGAGCCCACCACAAAUAAUACACCUGGUAUUAAGCUAGAUGAUGCCGAUAUGCACCCUAUUGCCCAAGAAGGACCUGGAAAGUUGGGAGACGGUCCCCCAGAUGUUGCUUAUACUUUGAGUAUCACACAGCCAAAUCCACCGUUCUUUGACAUAAAUGGAAUUUCUUACAUCUCCCCAUCCCUUCCUGUCCUUUUGCAGAUCCUGAGUGGAGCUGCGCAGCCACAAGAUUUCCUUCCUGCGGUAGGUAUCUUCCUUCUCCCACCAAAUAAAACGGUAGAGAUUUCGAUUCCGGGUACUGGGGCUCAUCCGUUUCACUUACAUGGACAUAACUUCGACAUCAUUCGCACUUCCAAUUCCAACGUGACCAACUAUGUCAACCCGCCAAGGCGCGACGUUGUCCCCAUCAAUGGCGGAAACACAACAUUCCGGUUCUUCAGCGAUAAUCCGGGAGCUUGGUUCUUGCACUGCCACAUUGACUGGCAUUUGGAAGCCGGAUUGGCUAUAGUUUUUGCGGAAAGUCCGGCCGACAACAUCAAAGGCCCGCACGCCCAGGUCAGACCUCAGGACUGGCUGACGCUGUGUCCAGAGUACGACGCCCUGUCACCGGACUUGCAGUAA